AACACUCCAAGCAAGGUCCUAGUUUUUUGAGUCGCAGAGAAAAUAAUAUAUGAAGCUUUUUGCCUUUUUUUUUUUUAAAGGUAUAUUGCUCCUUUCUUCUAAGUUUGAGGCUUAUAUGCGUGGGAAAGAUUUUGGCUGCAGCAGUAGCAGAAGCAGCAGGCUGACCUCCUGCAGGGGACGCAUUGCUCUUUGGCCGGCUGCUUACUUCCUUAGCAGAGGGGCUGCUGGCACCUGAGCAGGCAUGAAACCUGAAGAGGCGGAGCUUAUCACUGAAAUAUCCAAGCUCCAGGGUAUGGUCUCCGAGCUGAAGGCGGGCUUCACGGGGGCACUCCUGGAGCUGGCCCAGAUCCAACAUGGAGACUCAUCCCUGCGCGAGGAGCUGGAGGAGAACAAGCGGCGUUGUCAGAAGAAAGCUUUACGCUUGGAGACUCUGGUGGAGUCGCUGCGGGAGGAGUUCGGCGUGAUGCGCGGCCAGGUGUUGCAGAUGUGCGGCGACAGACAGCGACCUCUGCAGGACGAAGAGAGCACUGCGGCCAAAGAAACCGAUCCGGCGGGGGCCUUCGGUGGGCGGAGCCAGCCUGAAGCGACCCCCGCAGAGGCGGCGUGGUCGUCGUCGGUGCCGUGCCGAGGCAAGGUUCUCCUGCACUGCUUCCUGCAAGGCCUCAAAGCUGGUCUCACUGAAGGAACAGACGCUCGACACCAGGUGGCACUGCAGCUCCUCCACUCGGAGUGGGAGUACGUGUCCACGUUGACCGCGCUGUACGACGAGUACAAGCCGCCGCCGCCGCCGCCGACCAGCAGCUCACGCGAGGCGUUUGCGACGUGUGUGGAGCGGCUGCUGCAGCGCCACCUGCUGUUCAGGAACAACCUGCAGGAGCGACUGUCAGCCGAGCACUGGAAGUCUCUGGUGGGCGACAUCCUGGUGCAGCUCGUCGGACAAAACGACACAACUUUCUCUGACAUGUACGUGGGCUACACGAGCACGCUGGCGUCCUUCUUGUCACUGGACUUCUGCACACUCAGUCCUCCUGGCAUGGAGCAGGUGAGCCAGGUGGAAAAAGAGCAAAUCAAAGUGCUGUCGCUCCAUCUGGCGCCUGUAACCCGUGUCCACUGUUACCUGAGUCACGUCCAGAACUUGCUGCAGUGGACCAGUAAAGAGCAUCCUGACUGCAGCCUCCUGCUGGGCACUGAGCGCGCGCUGAGGGACGUCCUGUCUCGCUGUCACGCAGUCCUGGAGGAAGACGUGAAAUGGGACGACGAAGAGCAACAAGAACGUUGCUGUGACGAUACGGCUGCCGCAUCAUCUGCCAACACCCGCAGCAGCGCCCCCCACAGGACAAAAGGAGAAACUGCAGCUCAGAGAGAGUCUUCGCUCCUCACCAACGGGUCUGGCCUGCGUCACUCUCUGCGUCUGGAGUGCUGGUCCUGCAGCCCCGUGAGGAGGAAGACCUGCUUGGAGCAUGUCCACCAUCCCGGACGCUCCCUCCUCCUCACUCCGGACACCCCAGGGUGGGGCGAGACCAGCGACUCGGGCCUGGGCACCUUCAGCCAGCACACCGGGAAAGGAGCGUCGGAGCUCGAGGCGCACCGGACCCCGGAGGACCCGGAGACGGAUGCAGACACCUCGGCCUUGGACGACUCCUCCGGGACGUCCUGCAGUCCCGACUGCACUCUGUGCAGGGAGGCGCUGGAGGACGAGGAGGACAGUCAGGUCCCGGUUCUGCUGAAGCCUCGGGAGCAUUCCGAGAGGAGCGUUUGUCUCAGGUGGCAGAUUCCUAGACUGACCCCUCACCCCCCGCUGAGGAAGUCCACCAGGGCGUGCACGGACAUGCCGAGUCCUUUGGCCCCCUGCGGAAAGAAGCUGGUCAGCGUCAGGAAGGGAUCUCCUCCGCUCCAUGCUAACCGGGCCUUCAGGCCCAUCUGGGACGACCCGUCUAAACAGGCCGACCCGACUCCGGAGAAGGACCGGAGGCAAGGCUUUGUUCCGGUCCGGACGUCCGCCAGGCAGAACUUUGUGGCCUUCAGGGACAACCUGAGACCAGGACUGCCGGCUCAGCCCGGCUUCUCUUUGGCGCCCUCUAGUGGAGCUCUGUGGGACGACAGCGAGGACAGCGAAGGACCCUGCAGCACCGUUUGAGGCGGGACUUCUCAAAUGUCCACAAGCUGCACUGCAACACCUUCAUUAACUCAGAGUUACACAACAAAAGACACUUUAUGGAAUUAUCGUACUUCCUCAAAAAGUUGCCCACUAUGGCAUCUGUAAAGCUGACGUUAACAGUCAAAAGUGUAGUCUGGAUUAAUACAACAAUACCGCUAAUAGUUGCCUCCACUCAAAUAGACACCGUGUUCCAACGAAUCGCCAUAGUCAUUAACGCACGGCAUCUGUAAAGCUGACAUUGUCUAGAUUGAUACAAUUCCUCUGAUAGCAGGCUUCACCGAAAUAGACGCCGUACCCCAAGGAAUCGCACUGAACAUUAACACACCGCUUCUGUAAAGCUAACAUUACCAGUCAAAGGUCGUCUGGCUUUGAGCAGAGGACUUCAAAACAAGCAGAAUACAUAUAUUUCCUUCAAUAAUAGCCUCCAGUCAAAUAGACGCCAUACCCUAAGGAAUUGCAAUAUAGGUUAACACCAUGCAUCAGUAAAGAUUACAUUUAUCGUCAACUGUAGUUGAGAUUAAUAAAACAAUUCCUCUAAAAGCAGCCUCCAUUCAAAUAGACGCCGAAUCAAAGAACCGCAGUAAACGUUAAAGCGCGGCAUCUGAUAUUAACAGAGGACCUAAAACAAGCAGAAUAAAAGUAUAUUUUCUACAAUAGUAGCCUCCACUCAAAUAGAUGCCGUACCCAAAGGAAUGGCAAUAAAAGUUAACACAUGGCAUUUGUAAAGCUGACAUUAACAGUUAAGUGUAGUCUGGCUUUGAGCAGAGGACUUAAAACAAGCAGAAUACAAAUAUUUCCUCCAAUAAUAGCCUCCAGUCAAAUAGACGUCAUACCCUAAGGAAUUGCAAUAUACGUUAACACCAUGCAUCAGUAAAGAUGACGUUUACUGUCAACUGUAGUCGAGAUUAAAACAACAAUUCCUCUAAA